CUCUGUGGUUAUAAAGUUGGGGGAGGAGAAGCCGAUGGUGGCUGGAAUGAUGGCUGAUGAAGAGGAGGAAGAGAAGAAGCACGUCUUGCAGAAACUGCAGGAACUGGUGGAUAGACUCUACUCAUUUCGAGACAGCUAUUUUGAGACACACAGUGUUGAGGAUGCAGGACGGAAGCAGCAGGAUGUGCAGGAUGAGAUGGAGAAGACCCUGCAGCAGAUGGAGGAAGUACUGGGUCCUGUCCAGGGUGAGGCCCAGGCUCUAAUGCUGAAGGGAAAGGCCUUGAAUGUGACUCCUGAGUACAGCCCUCAGGCUGAGGUGCUUCUGUCAAAGGCUGUGAAGCUGGAGCCUGAGCUGGUGGAAGCCUGGAACCAGCUGGGUGAGGUGCACUGGAAGAAAGGGGAUGUCGCCGCUGCCCACACCUGCUUCUCAGGAGCUCUCACCCACUGCAAGAACAAAGUCUCCCUGCAGAACUUGUCAAUGGUGCUUCGGCAGCUGCAGACCGACUCCGGAGAUGAGCAUUCUCGUCAUGUCAUGGACAGCGUCCGGCAGGCCAAGUUGGCUGUGCAGAUGGAUGUUCUUGAUGGCCGCUCCUGGUAUAUCCUGGGGAACGCAUACCUUUCUCUUUAUUUCAAUACUGGCCAGAACCCUAAGAUCUCCCAGCAAGCCCUCAGUGCCUAUGCUCAAGCAGAGAAGGUUGACAGGAAAGCAUCUAGCAAUCCCGACCUUCAUCUCAACAGGGCGACGUUACAUAAAUAUGAAGAGAGUUACGGGGAGGCCCUAGAGGGUUUCUCCCAGGCGGCUGCACUGGACCCUGCAUGGCCAGAGCCGCGGCAACGAGAGCAACAACUCAUGGAAUUCCUCACUAGGCUAACCAGCCUCCUGGAGAGCAAGGGAAAGACAAAACCCAAAAAGCUCCAGAGCAUGCUGGGAAGCUUGCGUCCAGCCCAUCUGGGCCCUUGUGGUGAUAGGCGAUAUCAGUCAGCCACUGGGCAGAAGGUGACCUUGGAGUGCAAGCCCCUGAGCUCGCUGCAGCCCGGGGUGAACAGCGGUGCUGUGGUCCUGGGGAAGGUGGUGUUCAGCCUGACCGCAGAGGAGAAAGUCCCCUUCACAUUUGGCCUGGUGGACUCAGACGGGCCUUGCUAUGCGGUGAUGGUGUAUAAUGUGGUGCAGAGCUGGGGCGUGCUCAUUGGGGACUCCGUCGCCAUUCCGGAGCCCAACCUGCGGCAUCACCAAAUUCAGCACAAGGGAAAGAACUACUCCUUCUCCAGUGUUCGCGUGGAAACGCCCCUCCUGCUGGUGGUGAAUGGAAAGCCACAGAACUCCAGCAGCCAAGCCACUGCCACCGUGGCUUCGAGGCCACAGUGUGAAUGACCUGGUGGAGGGAGUGUUGUGAACGGAGACUUCUCUUUCUUCUCCCUCUUCAGAGCCAUUACCACCAUAUUUAUUCCCCUGCCUCUUCAGCUGUGCUGACUACAGGAAGAACGAGCACUGAUGGACCCGUUAGGGGAGACUUUUCCCCAAGUCCUGAGAUGUUUUGACAGUUCCCAAGAUCCCUGUUCUUCCCUCCUUUCUGAGUCUCAUAUGUAUGUAUAUAUCUUUACUAUUUAUUGCCAAGGGACUUAACUUUUUUAUGGCUUGAUUUUCGAGCUUUUUUUUUUUUUUUAAAAUUUUUAGAUUUAAGUUCUAAUGGGUGUGGUGGGAGGCAGAGGAAGGUAGAUCUCUGUGAGUUCAAGGCCAGCCUGAUCCUGCAUAGGGAG